CUAUCUUCACCUUCCUUCCAUGGCUUCCGCUGCGGCGGCUUCUCCUUCUCUCUCCUUAAACCAAACCUCUCAUUUCCAACACCAAACUUCUCUCGUCACCUGGCUUAAACCUCCUCCCUCCUCCGCCCUCUUCCGCCGCAAAACCCUUCCUUUCUUCGAACGCCACUCACUUCCGAUUUCAGCUUCUUCUUCUUCCUCUUCUACUUCUCUCUCCGUUCACGAGAAACCCAUUUCGAAUUCGGUUCAUUUCCACGGUAAUCUCAUUGAAAGCUUCGAGAAUCAGGACUCUUCAUACGCUGGAACCAUUAAAGGAGCAAGCUUGAUUGAGGAGCUUGAGAAUCCUGUCGAAAGGAAUGGACUUUCUGGUCGGAGAAGACUGUUUAUGCAAGACCCACCAUGGAUCUCUGCUUUGUUUCUCAAGGGUUUGAGUAAAAUGGUUGAUCAGACUUUGAAAAUCGAGCGGAAAGAUAUCGAUAAGAGGAAAUUUGAUUCCUUGAGGAGACGUCAAGUGAAAGAAGAGACUGAAGCGUGGGAGAGGAUGGUUGAUGAGUACAGAGAUUUGGAGAAGGAGAUGUGUGAGAAGAAUCUAGCUCCGAAUUUACCUUAUGUGAAACAUAUGUUCUUAGGGUGGUUUCAGCCGUUGAAAGAUGUGAUUGAGAGAGAGCAGAAGUUGCAGAAGAAUAAGAGUAAGAAGGUUAGAGCAGCUUAUGCUCCUCAUAUUGAGCUUUUGCCUGCUGAUAAAAUGGCGGUUAUUGUGAUGCAUAAGAUGAUGGGUUUGGUUAUGUCUGGGCAUGAAGAUGGGUGUAUCCAAGUUGUUCAAGCUGCUGUUAGUAUUGGUAUAGCUAUUGAGCAGGAGGUAAGGAUUCAUAACUUCUUGAAGAGAACUAGGAAGAACAAUGCAGGGGACUCUCAAGAGGAAUUGAAAGAAAAGCAAUUGCUUAGGAAACGUGUUAAUAGUUUGAUUCGAAGGAAACGGAUUAUUGAUGCACUAAAAGUAGUGAAAAGUGAAGGUACCAAACCAUGGGGGAGAGCUACACAAGCUAAGCUUGGAAGCCGUCUUCUAGAACUAUUGAUCGAAGCAGCUUAUGUACAACCUCCCUUGACCCAGUCAGGGGACUCUAUACCCGAGUUUCGACCUGCAUUCAGACACAAGUUUAAAACGGUGACCAAAUAUCCAGGGUCGAAGAUGGUGAGGAGAUAUGGAGUUAUUGAAUGUGACUCGCUCCUUCUUGCAGGACUGGAUAAAUCUGCUAAGCAUAUGUUAAUUCCUUAUGUUCCGAUGUUAGUACCACCAAAGAGAUGGAAAGGAUAUGACAAGGGUGGUUACUUGUUUUUGCCUUCCUAUAUCAUGCGUACUCAUGGAUCCAAAAAGCAGCAAGAUGCACUUAGAGAUAUUAGUCACAAGACUGCUCAUAGAGUAUUUGAGGCAUUGGAUACACUUGGGAAUACCAAGUGGAGGGUGAAUAGGAAUAUACUUGAUGUGGUGGAAAGGCUCUGGGCUGAUGGAGGCAACAUUGCAGGCUUGGUUAAUCGUGAAGACGUUCCCAUACCAGAGAAACCAUCCUCUGAGGAUCCAGAAGAAAUCCAAUCCUGGAAAUGGAGUGUUCGAAAGGCCAACAAGAUUAACAGAGAGAGGCAUUCUCUAAGAUGUGAUGUUGAGCUCAAACUUUCUGUGGCUAGAAAAAUGAAAGACGAGGAAGGAUUCUACUACCCUCACAAUCUUGACUUCAGGGGGCGUGCAUACCCAAUGCAUCCUCAUCUGAAUCAUCUGAGUUCUGAUCUUUGCCGUGGAACCCUGGAGUUUGCUGAAGGACGACCACUUGGAAAGUCAGGCUUGCAUUGGCUGAAAAUACAUUUAGCAAACCUCUUUGCUGGUGGUGUUGAAAAGCUCUCACAUGAUGCGCGUCUGGCUUUUGUGGAAAACCAUUUGGAUGAUAUAAUGGAUUCAGCUGAAAAUCCUAUACAUGGAAAACGAUGGUGGUUAAAGGCUGAAGAUCCGUUUCAGUGUUUAGCUGCAUGUGUUAUUCUGACACAAGCCUUGAAAAGCCCUUCACCUUAUUCAGUAAUUUCCCACUUGCCUAUUCAUCAGGAUGGGUCGUGUAAUGGUCUACAGCAUUAUGCAGCUUUAGGAAGAGAUAGUUUUGAAGCUGCGGCAGUUAAUCUAGUUGCAGGAGAAAAACCAGCUGAUGUCUAUUCUGAAAUUUCACGGAGAGUCCAUGAAAUAAUGAAGAAGGACAGCAGUAAGGAUCCUGAGUCAAACCCAACCGCCGCAUUGGCAAAGAUCCUUAUCACUCAAGUCGACAGGAAGCUGGUAAAGCAGACGGUAAUGACGUCAGUAUAUGGUGUCACCUAUGUUGGAGCGCGUGAACAAAUAAAAAGAAGAUUAGAAGAGAAAGGUGUUAUCACUGACGAGAGAAUGUUAUUUGCUGCUGCUUGCUAUUCUGCAAAAGUGACCCUAGCUGCCCUUGGAGAGAUAUUUGAAGCGGCACGUGCCAUUAUGAGUUGGCUUGGUGAUUGUGCAAAGAUAAUUGCUUCCGAUAAUCAUCCAGUGCGAUGGAUCACCCCUCUUGGACUUCCUGUUGUGCAACCCUAUUGCAGAAGUGAAAGACAUCUGAUAAGAACAUCUCUUCAGGUUUUGGCUCUGCAGCGAGAGGGUAACACGGUGGAUGUUAGGAAACAAAGAACUGCAUUUCCUCCAAAUUUUGUGCACUCGCUGGACGGCACCCACAUGAUGAUGACUGCUGUUGCAUGUCGAGAGGCCGGCCUAAACUUUGCAGGUGUGCAUGACUCCUACUGGACCCAUGCAUGUGACGUUGACACAAUGAACAGGAUACUUAGAGAGAAAUUUGUUGAGCUUUAUAACACACCGAUCCUUGAAGAUUUACUCCAAAGUUUCCAAGAAUCAUACCCGAAUCUCGUGUUUCCUCCAGUACCAAAGAGAGGUGAUUUCGAUUUAAAAGAAGUUCUCAAAUCACAGUACUUCUUCAACUGAGUCAAGCACGUAGAACCAGCAAACCAUCUGAAAAAGGAAGCAAGUUUUUGACUUAGGGAUCUUCCUUGGUGGCCUGUAAAUAACAUCCACCACCUCAA